UUCGUCUUGAAAAAAGAGGAAGAAAAUUCGUCCAAGCAGAAGGCAUCGAUGCGUUCAAGGGGAGUUUGCCUUGUUCUGAAAACCUCCUACAGAGCGAAAGGGUGACCUCAGCAGCCACCAAGCGCCAAGAUGACGGCAGUUCUGCUGCUGCUUUCCAUGAUGGCAAGCCUUUUCACUGUGGCCCAGGGCCAGGCAUUCCACCUUGGGAAAUGUCCCACACCUCCCACACAGGAGAAUUUCAAUGUCAAUAAGUACCUCGGAAGAUGGUAUGAAAUUGAGAAGAUUCCAGUGACCUUUGAGAAAGGGAACUGUAUUCAAGCUAACUACUCACUCCUGGAAAAUGGGAACAUCAAGGUGCUGAACCAGGAGAUGAGACCCGAUGGAACAGUGAAUCAAAUUGAAGGCGAGGCCACACAGAGCAACCUGUCCGAGCCUGCCAAGCUGGGAGUGAAGUUUUAUCAGCUGAUGCCAUCUGCACCAUACUGGAUCCUGGCCACCGACUAUGACAACUAUGCUCUCGUAUACUCCUGCACCACCAUCAUCUGGCUCUUUCACGUGGAUCACGUUUGGAUUCUGGGGAGAAACCCUUAUCUCCCUCCAGAAACCGUGACCUACCUAAAAGACAUCCUGACUUCUAAUGAUAUCGACAUCGAGAAAAUGACAACAACAGAUCAAGUGAACUGCCCUAACUUCCUGUAAGUGAUGAGGGAGCUGCAGCCACUCUCCAGGUGACAUGCUUGCGUUCUUUUGCUUCGCUUUCCCCGACCCCGUUCCAUCCCUUAUAAAGACAAACCAAGCAAGUAUGACAACCACGGCAGCCACCCGAAGCCACGUUUGACUACAGAAUCUAACGGAGGGGAACGUACGGAGAGCUGAUCCAAACCCAGCUGGACCUCACACUCCUGCCCUGCUAGCCCAAUAAUAAACAUGUUGCUAACCA